AUGAAAGAAAGCAUAAACCCUUCCAAUUCCCAAAAUUAUUCUUACUUACUCCUCAACAAUUUGAAGAUUCCGAACAAGGGUUACCUUUUACAGCUACAAGUAAAAGUUUCAAUUAUAUUAAUAGAUAUGA